CCGCCAUUGGCUACUGUGCGACGCGUCGCGUCAUCCUCACUCCCACUCCAUCACGUCUACAGUUCCCCGGUGAAUCCCUACAGUAAAACCAUGGCCUCCAACGACGCCGCUCUGGAGCGCGAAGAACGUCUCAAAUCCGCCCUCUGGUACUCAAUCGGCCAGUUUGUCGACGAAGAGAGUCUUACCAUGGGCCUGAAUGCGACUCCGCAGUUCAUUGGCGCACUGACAGAACUCGUGUACACACAAAUCGCAAACACAGCCCGCGACCUCGAAACCUUCUCCAAACAUGCCGGCCGCAAGGCUAUCAAUACGGACGACGUCAUGCUACUGACGAGGCGGAAUGAAGCGUUGGAGAGCAUCUUGAGGAGGGAAUUGGAUACAUUGAGGGCUGCGGAGGGGAGGGGAGAUGGACAGGCUGCGGUGAAGAAGGGACGGCCUGUUGGGGGCGGGAAGGGGAAAGGAAAGGCUUGA